AUGCUCAACUAUAUAAGCGAGCACCGUAAUCUCUUUACGGGUGGGCUGUCCGCUGGCUACACAUCGCAAGACAGAAAUAAGGAGUGGUGCGAGCUGGCUGCACGUUUGAACGCCAGCGGUGGUGCAGUGAAACCCGUCGAGAGGUGGAGAAAGACGUGGACCGACUGGAAAAGCGCCACCAAAGCCAAGGCAGCUCGCAUCUCACAGCACACGCGGGGGACGGGAGGAGGCCCUCCUCCGAAAGAAUCGCUCUCUGAGCUGGAGGAGCGGCUCACCUCUAUGAUAGGGCAAGUGGCGACGACCGGGAUGCAGGAGACUCAGGAGUUCGGGACACGGGCACCGCCGGCCUUGGAGUCCGCAUCAACAGUCAUUUAG